AUGACUACACCUGUGUCCACAAGUCCUAGUCCUAAGCGACAUGACACCGUAAGCUCAAAUGCCGAAGGCGGUAUCACGGACGCCAUUCGGGACUGUUCAAUUCAGGAGAAGCAGAGACCUCCAGGAUUACUCAAAAAGGAAGUGCAACAUCAAGUCUACGACUGGCGUGAAGGUGAUCCUUACGAACCGUGUGCGGGCCGUGGCUUUACUCCCUACGAAGCGUACUGGCAGAAGAGGUUCAAAAGCUGCCACAAGCUGUUCUACGUCUGUCAGCAUGUUGCAUUCUGGUCUUUGGGGUCCAAGGUCAUCCUGAAGGAUCGCCCGUACGACGAAAGCAACAUCGAAGCUGAUAAUAUGAGGUUCCUCAAAGAGAACACGACGGUGCCUGUUCCUGGCGUAAUCCACGAUUGGAAGGAAGAUGAUGGAAGCUAUCAUUUGAUCCAGGACAGAAUUGACGGCGAGUCACUGGAAAGGGUCUGGGACAGUCUCGGUCCCGAAGAUCACGACAGGAUCGCGAGCCAAGCAGCUGAGUCCCUCGUACAACUGCGCAGCUUGACAUCGGACAAGGUGCAGAACAUCAAGGGCAAUAGGUGCCGUAACAAUGGGCUCAUCCCCAAGAACGUGGGGUUAUUGGAGCCGAUGUCCAGCGAUGAUGAAGUAUGGGGAGCCAUGGACAAAUCGCUCUCUCACGUGGACCAGUCGCUGAGAGAUAGGCUCAAGGAGAAGAUGCCCCCAACAGCACCUUUCACUUUUACUCAUGGAGAUCUGUCUAUCGUCAACAUCAUGGUCAAGGACGGAAACUUCGCGGGCUUGAUCGACUUAGAGUAUAGUGCCUAUUUCCCCAGUUGGUGGGAAUACACUCGCAAUGCUAUUUGGUUCGGCUACGAGGAUCGGGACUGGAAAGACAUGCUGUGCAAGCACAUGAGGUCGCAUAACUCGGACAACGAAGCCGCCUUUCGCUGGUAUAGGGCUUGCAAUUCUCUUGCAAGAAAUCCCGAUGGCGAGCAGGCUAAGGCUCGCCUCGAGGAGUUAUUUGAGGGGGAGGAUUGA